CUUUUUUUUUUUAUUAUUCUUUAUUUUAUUUCGUCUUUACCUUUUCAAUUGCUCUUCUUUGUAUUUGCCUUUGUAUCUCUUCUUUUUCCUUUACGUUUUAUAUAUAUAUAUCAAUAAGAAAGAGGUUAUGGGAUCUUAUACCGAAAAGACAUUUACUUGGCAAGAGCUGGCGAAGCACAACACAGGCGACGACUUGCUUCUCGCUGUGCGUAGCAAUGUCUACGAUGUUACAAAGUUCCUCAAGAGACACCCUGGUGGAGUGGACACGCUUCUCCUCGGAGCAGGCAGAGAUGUGACUCCGGUCUUUGAAAUGUAUCACGAGUUUGGCGCUGUAGACUCUAUCAUGAAAAAGUACUAUGUCGGCAAAUUGAUCACCAAUGAAUUGCCUAUUUUCCCAGAGCCAACAGCUUUCCACAAGACAAUCAAGUCAAGAGUAGAAAAUUACUUUAAGAGGCAAGGCAAGGAUCCAAAGAACAGACUAGAAAUCUGGGGAAGAUACUCUGUUAUCUUUGGCGCGUUGAUCGCCUCUUACUAUGCACAGUUCUUUGUCCCCUUUGUGGUUGAACGUACUUGGCUCCAGGUUAUCUUUGCUGUAAUUCUGGGCUUUGCCUGUGCUCAAGUUGGUCUCAAUCCUCUUCAUGAUGCCUCGCAUUUUUCAGUCACCCAUAACCCCACUGUCUGGAAAAUCUUGGGUGCUACUCAUGACUUCUUCAACGGCGCGUCAUACUUGGUAUGGAUGUAUCAGCAUAUGUUGGGUCACCACCCAUACACCAACAUCGCUGGUGCUGAUCCCGAUGUCUCAACGGGUGAACCUGAUGUCCGUCGUAUCAAGCCUCAUCAGAAAUGGUUCAUCAACCACCUUAACCAACAAUUGUUUGUUCCUCUCCUCUAUGGAUUGUUGGCGUUUAAGGUCAGGAUCCAGGAUAUCAGCAUUUUGUAUUUUGUCAAGACUAAUGAUGCUAUCCGUGUAAACCCUAUCUCUACUUGGCAUACCACCAUGUUCUGGGGUGGUAAAUUGUUUUUUGUGUUCUACCGCUUACUCCUGCCCAUGUUCUACCUGCCUGUCAAGAAAGUCUUGGUUCUCUUUACCAUCGCAGAUAUGGUUGCUUCUUACUGGCUAGCACUCACUUUCCAAGCCAACCAUGUGGUCGAGGAAGUUGAGUGGCCUCUUCCGGAUGAGAACGGAGUCAUUCAGAAGGAUUGGGCCGCUAUGCAGGUCGAGACCACCCAGGAUUAUGCGCAUGACUCCCAUCUUUGGACUAGCAUCACUGGCAGCUUGAAUUAUCAGGCUGUACACCAUCUUUUCCCAAAUGUCUCUCAGCAUUACUACCCUGAAAUUCUCUCCAUCAUCCGUCAAACUUGCACCGAGUUCAAGGUGCCCUAUUUAGUCAAGGAUACCUUCUGGCAAGCAUUCGCCUCUCAUCUGGAGCAUUUGCGUGUUCUUGGUCUUCGUCCCAAGGAUGAAUAAAAUAUAAACAUUAUUGACUUUUAAUUGUAGUUCAAUAAAAACUAGCACAUUGCAAUUAGUCGAAAAAUGUUUC